AUGGAUGCCAAGCUGCCACCCUGUCAGCCGCCGGCAGUGUCUUCCGCCCCUCAGCGCGAGCAGGUGCUUCCCAUCCAGCUGGCUGCCCAUCCCCCGUGGCCGCCACAGGAUCCCUCUCUUCCCCCUCCAGUAUCUUAUCGGAGUCCUGUUCCUGUCUCGGCGCCUGUCCCUGUCUCAUUACCUGCCACGGUACCUGCAUCUGCACCUGCACAGACGUCGACACGGACGGUCCCCCCACCGUCGUCGUCAACGGCGCCGUAUAUCAAUGAGCAACAAACGGCCCCGACACCGACCGACGCAACCCGUCAACAUGUAGGCAAGACCCCUGCACCAAAAACCCGCAAACCGCGCAAGGCCGACAAUGCGUCCGGGGGUCGGUCGACUCUGUUCUGGGUCAACAGCGACCAGCAAUCGGUGUCCGAGGGGACGCGCGAGGACACCCUGAAGCGCAUUCGCUCGCAUGUCAUGUCCGAGCAUAAUCGGAAAAAGAGGCUCGAGAACACCAAGCGCUACAAGAGUAAAACGUGGAAGCAUCUUGCUUUCCAGCCGGUGGAGACAGCACCUGCAGCAACAGGCCCCAGCGCCGCAGCCAUAGGUCCCAUGCCUCCCCCGCCGGGGAGAUCGUCUGUAAAAGCGUCCUCCGCUGGCCGAGGAAAGCAGCAAGCUCGACUGAGUAACAAUAACAAUAGCAAUAAUAAUGGCCUGGCUGUGACCAGCGCUCCUACAUAUCCAGCAGUCACGACGACUGCUGGCGCCUCUAGCGCUGGCACGCCGUCAUAUAAUUAUGCAGCUGCUCCGAUCCCGUCGAUCCCAUCACCGACAAUGUACCUGGGUCAUGGCGCCCACCAAGACCCAUUCAAUACGGCACACACACAACUGACGGAUCGCAUGUUUCGACAUCUGCAACGCUUCUUAUUUGAUCUCACGCAUAUUGCAUAUCCUCUUCAGCGGCGAUAUGGGCCAAAAUUGCAGGCCCAUUGGGCCUCGCUGAUUCAGAGCGAUCCUGCCUCCCUGCACGCCUCGAUCUGCGUUGCGGCAUCCAACGCAGCGCUGCACACGGGGGAGUUUCCUCUUGUUGAUCCUAACAAUCGAGGCUCGAGCCCGCUGCUGCUGGACACGUUCCAUCAUCGAGGAGAAACAAUUCGACUGGUCAACGAGGGAAUUUCGGAUCCAGUCAAAGCCUCUAGCGACGAGCUGAUUGCUGCGGUUUCAAUGCUGCUGACAAUCGAGAUCGCAUCUGGAAACCCCGACUACCUGAAAGUCCACCUCGCGGGCCUGCGACAGAUGGUAGGCAUGAGGAAUAAGUUUACCGACGUUCCUCCCGACGUCCGCUACCAAAUCUCAUGGACGGACAUUCGCGUCGCUUGUAUGGCUUUCACCAAGCCCAUCUUUCCAUUCGUCCGCGACCCUCGCCCAGCCCACAUGGCUCCCAUAAUUCCACCCACCAAGGACCUAGAAUGUACGGCAUCGCGUCUCAUCGCCCUGAUGAAGAUCCCGGGAAUCUUCGGCGAAUACCUGUCGCAGGUGAUCACGGACCUCCUCGAACUGGUCUGGUACGCCGAGUGGAUCAAGGGGCCCUUAUUCCAGGAUUUCAACGAAGAAACCGAAGGCUACUUCAAUACGGAGGUCCUCUACAUCGAAUAUGCCCUACACAUCGACCGGUACACCGCGUCCGGUGAAGCCAAAGGCGACUCCUCGAUCGAAGGUUGCGUGCGUCUGGCCUGCUUCAUCUACCACAACACGGCCAUCUGGGACUUCUACCCGAACAUCGCACCGGUGUUCCCGAAGCCCAUCACGGGCUUGCGUACGGCGCUGGAAUCCAUCAUCCCGACGGGCUGUUUCCACCUCUGCCGCGAUCUACUGACUUGGCUGCUGUUCACGGGCGCCUGCGCCUCCAAGAUGAUAGUCUCGGACCGGUCGUUCUUCGUCAGGGAGCUGGCCACCGCCGUCCGCAUCCAGGGUCUCCAGUCUUGGCAGGACCUGCGCGCCUCGCUCAUGAAUUUCUUCUACGUGGAUCGGGUGUACUUGGCUCCAUUGCGGGAAUUAUGGGACGAGUUGCGCGUGAUGGAAGUUCCUGAUGAAGUAGCCUAG